CAAGAUAAAUUUUGGGUCGCCCCUGAACGACUGAGGAGUGGAGGCAAAGCUACUCAAGAGGGUGACGUCUACAGCCUGGCCAUCAUCAUGGCAGAACUGUUAACAAGGGAGGAGCCGUACAGACAUGAUAAUGAUUUCUUAACCGUGCAAGGUAAUCUCGGUGUGUUCUGACCUCAUUAAAGUAUGAUCUUUGACUUUUUCAAAUUUAACCAAAUGAUGGUAAAAAUAUUUCAAAUCAAACACAGGAAAAUAAAAUUCCCGAUAACUGUACUAAUUUAGAUUCUUAAAAAAAAAAUAUCGUAAGUGCGUUUGGUGCAUAACAUUUUCUUUUGUUCGCCUGAAAUAAUUGGUGAAAUAAAUCUGCGGUGUAGAAGCGGAUGGGUCAUUAGAAUAUUAAUAGAGUUCAGGGGCGUGGUAAAAAUGUGCGGUUGGGAGCCUUGUGUGUGUGUGUGGGGGGGGGGUGAGUACUAAUUGGGAUCUUUGUAAAGUGUGUUACUUGAAUGCAUGUUUUGUCAAAUUUUCAGCCCCACUCCAUUUCCUCGAUAUUACAUUUUAUAAACGGGUUUUCCUAAUCUCACAGCCAACUGAACGCUAAGUUCUUAAAUCUCUCUCUACCCUUAAAAACAAAAUCAGAGGUCCUGGAUAAGAUCCUAUUGUGUCAAGAUCCCCCAUUUCGCCCAGCAGUUACAGCACCCCCAGACCUGAUCCCGUUGGAGACACUCAUGAAGCAAUGCUGGGACGAAAACCCACAGAGGAGACCCUCUCUCAAUAGGAUAUCUCGCGUUCUGCAUGGGUUGAUGAUGUAAGCUUUAAGUCAGUCAGGUUCCUAAAGAAAGGGUCAACAGAAAUAACGGUCUGUAUUAUUUGAAGAAAUCUCAUAUUAACUUAUUUUGGCAUCAGAGCGCUUCAAGCAAGCUAAAGUAGCAUGGGCUCAAGCGCUAUAAAGGUAAUCAAUAAUCAUCAAUAACUCACGCAAUUUUCACCAAAAUGGUUGAAGAUUUUCAAAUGAAAAAUUCAAUGAUUCCUGGACACAGUAUUUGCCAAUUUAAACAAAAAUAUGUUCUCUGGUGCAUUUAAAUUGACAAAACAGAUCUUUAAUUUAUAUAUUACUUUCAAAGCUAUAAACGUUUCGUUGUAAUAGAAAAAUCAACAAGUCUGGCAGUCUGCUGGACAACCUGCUCCAGAGGUUAGAAAAGUACAGCAGCAACUUGGAGAAAAUUGUGGACGAGAAAGUAGAUGAACUCAAACAGGAGAAACAGAAAUCUGAGGAGCUGCUCAGACAAAUGUUGCCCAUGUAA